GAAAUCAUUUAACAGUACCAUCUUCACAAUCAUCAAUUUAGCACAAAAUACUGCGAACUUCAAGAGAUUAAAAGAAAUGAAAGUGAUUGACGUUUUACAGAAAUUUCUGACGUUUCAGAAACAUCCUGAUGUGAGGAAGGUAGUUUUACUAGCUCUACCAUUAUUGAUUGAUAAAACCGAUGCGGAUAUAUUAACUGCUAACGACUCCAAAGAUAUAAUAAACAUUUUAAAGAUGGCGCAUGAAACAUGGGAAUGCAAAAAUCACACACAUGAAGGCUUCAGCAUCAUCGAAAUUCUGAAAGUACUCCAUAACCUUUGUAAGAAUGAAAAGAUCAGGGUCAUUUUCCUAAAUAAUAACAUUCUUGAUUUUAUUAUUGACAUUCUUCAAAACGGUGUCUCUGAGCAGAAAGCAAUUGCAGCAUUAAUAUUAUUGGAGCUUGCAUUCAACCCCGAAAGUAUAGUUAAAAUUAAGGAGAACAAAAAGCUGGUUGAAGUUUUGAGGAAAAUAACAACCAAAAAGGAAUACGAAGACAACAGUUUAAUGAGUGUUUCGAUUCAAGUAUUAUAUUUAAUUGGAGCUUCUGAAAAUCCAGAGGAUUCUCCAAUAAAAGGCCAUAUCAUGAUUAGCUACUGCCAUGCAGAUAAAGAUACUGUUGAAAAGGUCGUGAAAACAUUACAAGAAAAAAAACUGACGGUUUGGGUUGACACUCAGGACAUGGCUAAGGGAAACGGCGAUAUAUACGACACGAUGGCUAAAGCAGUUCAAAAUGCUCAAGUUGUUGUGGUAUUCAUGUCUGAGGCCUAUACCAACAGUGAAAACUGCAAAUUUGAAGCCGAAUAUGCUACACGACUUAAAAAGAAAAAGAUUUUUGUCAAGGUUCAAGAAAAAUUUGUGCCUACGGAUUGGUUAGGUCUUUUGGCAGGAAAUAACCUCUACCACGAUUUUGCAGGCAAGGUACCUCAUGACCAAGUUAUGAACAAUUUGAUUGCUGCGAUUUUAUAUGAAUAUAAUCAAGUAAUAUAACUAAUUAAACAGACAAUGUUUUCACUUUAUGAUUGUAGACAACUAAAUUAAAUUGUCUAGGUCUAAAGUCUUGAAUGUGUGCAUUAAUAGUGUUGAAGGUCGGUUUGAAUCCACACUAUUUGUGUGUAUAUUCCUUGUAGUGACUAUAUUGAACAUCCGUUAUUUUAAAAACCAAUACAGUUUAUUAAUAAAACUGAACUAUUGUAUACCAAAUAUAGUUUACCUCACAUACAUUGGUAUUUAUGUUUUUCAGUGACGUUUUUUUAACUAUGUUCUAUUUACUCUUUUUGUUUACGCUAGUUAUUUUCUUUAUUUAACUAAACGCUAAAGUAUACUAACUCUAAAUAAAACAUCAAAAUUAUUUGAAUAAAAUGUAAAACAUUUUAAUAGAUUAUUUUAAAAAGGAGAGCGAAAUGAGGACAUUGUUUUUAAGCAAACAAGGUAUUUAAAUGAUAUACGUUACAUAAAAUUUAAUAAUUAUUAGAAAUGCUAGGCUAAAUUUAAAAAAGUAAUAUUUAUGUACAAUUGGAUUUUAACACAAAAUAAAUCAAGUAUUCUAUUCAAUAGCAUUAACCUUUCACUGUUGCUGUCAAAAAUAAUUCCGCGUUCACAAACUUUUUUAAAAAGAGAUUAUGUGUUUCUUAUCACUUUAAUAUAAUGCAGAUGCAUUGUACUUUAACUAU